CCAACGUUUCGUUCCUUGUCGCAUUCCCUCCUUAUUUCCCUACCUUUUACUCACUUUUUUAACUUCUUCGUUCGUUUUACAGACACAGGAUGUCUUCCCUUCUUUUCGCUACCGGCCUCCUCGCCGGCCUGGCCCAGGCCUACACCCAGGUCAACGUUGCCUCCCCGUUCAUGACCAAGAACAUCGAUCCCAUUGUCUACCCCGGCCAGUACGACAAGUCUCACUUGCACUCCUUCUUCGGCUCCGACGCCGUCACCAUCAACACCAAGACCAGCGCCGAGCUCCAAAAGGGCUGCACCAACGCCGAGAACCCCAACGACUUGUCCGUCUACUGGAUCCCCACGCCGCUCUACACCACCGACGGCGGCAAGACCUACGAGCCCAUGCCUCUCUCGCGCUUCAGCGCCUACUACAACCUUGGCGAGACUGAGGCCGAGGUCGCUAUCCCCCAGAACCUCCAGAUGGUUGCCGGCAAGGCCACCGCCACCACCGAGGGCGACAUGAUCGCCGACGCCCAGUCCUCGUGGGCCUGCGAGAACGGCGGCGGCGGCAGCACCGAUGCCAACGGUUUCCCCUCCUCCACCUGCGGCACCCACCUCCAGCAGCUCCUCUACUUCCCCCAGUGCGUCAACACCGAGACCCUCGAGACCGCCUACAAGACCAAGCGCGGUGGCAGCUGCCCCUCCGGCAUGAAGUCUAUGCCUCAGCUCCGCUUCUCCAUCCGCUACGACCUCCGCAAGGUUCUGCCCAACGGCUGGAGCGGCACCGCGCCAUUCAAGCUCGCCUGCGGCCCUGCUUGGUGCUCCCACGGCGACUUCAUCAACGGCUGGACCACUGAGGCUGCCACCAACAUGCUCGCCACCACCAAGGAGAAGCAGAAGUUCUCUUCCGUCAACGGCGCCCUCGGCACCUACAACUCCGGCCCUACUUGCACGGCCACCGACGCUGACCCCUCCCACGGCACCGGCGACUACGCCGAGAGCGUUGCCGCCAUGAGCAAGCGUGACGUUGAGUCCUGGGGUUGGUCCACCAAGUCGCGUUUCGUUCGCGCAUAAAUCAAGAGCAUCACAGCAUUUGUGGAGUUGAGCAGCGGCGUUGUUGUACAUAGACCAUCACGUGUCGGACACUUCUUUGUAUCAUAC